CUUUGUGAUUUUUUUUUUCACUCUUGCUGUGUAACCUGGAAGCAGCGACGCUAAAAACAUCCGGCUGUAUCAACUGUAACACACAUUGCACAGCAGAUGAAUUAACAAUAUGAGCUGACAUAACAAGCCGGCCACAUCACAGUACACAGCUACAGAGUCCAACGUCUUAAAUUCUAUUUAAAAUACCUUUGUUUAAAUAUGUAUUUUUUAAAUAUGUUUUUCCUCUUUUUAAAAUGAAUAAACACACGGACACGCGUUGAUUAUGUCUCAUACUACACUGUGCACGGUGACACUUGCAUUCCGCAGUUUAAAUUCUCCGUGUUUAAUUCGAGCAGUGAGAUUAUUCACACUGAGCGGCUCAGUUUGCACUAACAUGCCUGUUCGGGGUUCAUUAUUAUUAUUAUUUUUCCAGAAACGGUUGUCGUACAGAUUGAACGCUAGACCCGAAGUGACGGGGUCCUUUUCGGGGCAGAGCAGACAUUUCUCUGGGUUUUCUAUUCUUCGGACCGGACCCGGUUCGGAAAUGAAGGAACAUCCGCCUGUCAAACGCGUUUGCAACUCGAAACUGGGUUCCCGGCUCACCGAUACCGACCAGGACAGCGGUUCGAGCCGGCUCAAAAGGGUGUCAAUUGAAGGAAACAUUGCCGUCGGGAAGUCCACCUUUGUCCGCCUGCUUAAGAAGGUGGAGAAACAGUGGGAAGUGAUUCCAGAGCCCCUGAGCAAGUGGCAGAAUCUUCAGAUCUGCGAGUCCAGGGAGGGGGUGUCGGGCUCCCAGCAGAGCGUCAGUAACCUGCUGCAGAUCAUGUACCAAGACCCCACCCGCUGGUCCUACACCUUCCAGAGCUUCUCCUGCAUGAGCCGCCUCCGAGCCCAGCUGGAGGCUCCUCCGCCCAGCCUGCUGGAGCUCGAGAGGCCGCUGCAGAUCUUCGAGCGCUCUGUCUACAGCGACAGGUAUGUGUUUGCAGUGAACCUGUUUGAGAUGGGCUGCAUCAACGAGACAGAGUGGGCCAUCUACCAGGAUUGGCACAGCUUCCUGGUCCAGCAGUUCAGCAAGAAGAUUGAACUGGAAGGCAUCGUCUACCUGAGAGCAGAUCCACAGAAGUGUCUGGAGCGGCUGGGCCGGAGAGCCAGACAGGAGGAGAGGAGUGUCGACCUGCAGUAUCUGGAGAGACUGCACAGCCAGCAUGAGGACUGGCUGAUUGAGAAAACAACACCGCUGCACUUCGAUCACCUGAAGAGCACCCCAGUGCUGGUGCUGGAUGUGAAUGAGGAGUUUGAGCAGGACCAUAGGGAAACACUGAAAACAGCUGGGAGAAAACAGCUGAAGCAGUUUUGGACACGUGAAGAACUUCUUUGACAGUUUGUGGUUGCGAGUCUGACGACGCGGACCUGCCCAGGUUUUGGACGGGAUACACACUCCCCUCCACUCAACUUUAGCUGACGAUAGGGGAAACCUCAUUCCCGUAAUUCUCAUUAGCAUCGCAAGUCACGUCCCUAUUGGACUCUAUUACAGCAGCUACUUUUAUAAUGCAGAGAGUGUAGAUCUCGCACUCAGGAGGUCAACGACAAAGCAUUCGAAAUGUUUCAACCGCAGCAGGUUCUCUAGAAACAGAGUAAGUGUGUUAAGAUCAGGUUUUUGUGUCUUUAGUUUUAAUGACUUAUAAUUAUGGCUUCUGGUUUUCAGUGUUUUGCCCCGAGUCUUCUACUCCCCUUUAAAAAUUCAAUUGAUACCUGUUGAGCCAUUCGUGUAUCUCAAUCACACUAAGAAACGCUUUCAUAGUCAGAUCGAUUUCAUUUAUGUUUUUUUUUUUUUUUUUUCCCCCUGUGAAACAACUAAAUGGUCUUUUAAAAUCUUAAGUCUUAUUUUGUCAGUUCAAAGCAGAAGUGACUCCUCUUUAUUAAUGUAAGUACAGUCAGGCAGAACAAUUGUAAUAAAGUGUGUCUGGCUUCAAAUACUUCAUUUGCCUCGAUAGCUUUGAUAAAGAUUAGCCGCUUCUCAACAUGUCGCGAUCUCGUUUGUACGUUCUGAAAAAUGAAGUCUUGGCCGAUUUUUUUAAAAACCCAUUCAGCUGUUUCGCAGAAAGAAACCGUAAAUUAAAUCAAUUUUACUAUUGACACGUUUCUCAGCUGUGAUUGAGAGACACAAAAUGGGCUGUGUGGUCCAGUGGUUAAAGAAAAGGGCUUGUAAUCAGGAGGUCCCUGGUUCAAAUCCCACCUCAGCCACUGACUCAUUGUGUGACCCUGAGCAAGUCACUUAACCUCCUUGUGCUCCGUCUUUCGGGCGAGACGUAGUUGUAAGUGACUCUGCAGCUGAUGCAUAGUUCACACACCCUAGUCUCUGUAAGUCACCUUGGAUAAAGGCGUCUGCUAAAUAAACAAAUAAUAAUUAAAGGAGAGGAGAAAAGUCACACUAAUCAGAAGCCCUACUGGUAAUGUAUUUGUAAGUGUUCGGAGCUACCGGUAAUCAAGUUGAGAGUGUACUUUUUCUUGCACUCUUUCUGUGAGUGUGAGGAAUACUCUCAACUUGGCUAGAGGUGGCUCCGAACACUUCGAAACAUGCCUGUAACAUUACCAUUCCCUUAAACACAGGUUUUACUAUAAUAUUGUGCUUCUGAGUGAAUGGAUGUGAAAUUGCAUUGGCAGUGCUGGCCUGUUUCAUCGAACCCCGCUAUGAGUUUCGUUUUUAAACUAGAGAUCUGUGCUUCUUUAAAACUCUGGGAUCGCUGGAGUUGUCAUUAUUUAUAAAUGGUACGCAUCCCUCAUUCCCCUACACCCUCUGCUCAGGAUAGUAAUCUGGGUGCUAGUGCAUUUAUUAAAUAAAAACAAUGUUUUGUGCAUA